GGCUUCAUUUACUUCACCCGGUUAACACCCAUCUCACCCACUCUUUAUAUACCACAAAUUCACCUAGCUUUGCAAACAAAACUUUGUUCUCUACUGAACCAAAGCUAUUCUUUGGUUCUCACACACACUCUUCACUUUCAACACAAAAAAAAAGAACAUGAGGAAAGUUGUGUUGAAAUUGGACAUCUUGGAUGAGAAAGUCAAGCAAAAGGCCAUGACAAAUGUCUCCAGUCUCUUCGGUGUGGAUUCAGUAGCAGUGGACAUGAAAGACAAGAAACUGACAGUAAUAGGGGAUGUAGAUCCAGUGUCAGUUGUGUCAAAACUGAGAAAGAUUUGUCAUGCAGAUAUUAUAUCAGUUGGUCCAGCAAAGGAGCCAGAGAAGAAGAAGGAAGAGAGUGGUGGUGGUGACAAGAAGAAAGAAGAAGAGAAGAAGAAAGCAGAGGCUUUAAAAGCUGCUUAUCUUGCAUAUCAGCAGCAGCAGCAACAGCAGUAUUAUUAUCAACAGCAACAGCAACAGCAGCAGUAUUAUCAGUAUAAUAAUCCACCUUACAGUUACAGUUACAGUUACAGUUAUCCACAGCAGCCAGCAGCAUAUUAUCAGUAUAAUAAUCCACCUGCUGUCACACCAUACUACACUAGAGUGGUUCAGGAUGAAAACCCUAAUAGUUGUGUUAUUUGUUAAUUAAUCAAGUGAUGAACACAUGGACAGAUAGAUCUCUUGAUGAAAUCCUGGGGUUAGAUCUUGGAGGUUGAGGGAGUGUGCAAUUUGCAGUUUCUUUGUGUUUUAUUGUUUUAUAAAUUUCUUAGUUUUACUAUAGUUAUUGGGUUUAAAUGGUUAUUGUUGUGGUAUUUUUUUAUGGCCAGAUCAAGAAUCUUUGAAUUUGUAGUCUUGAAAAAGUGACUUGUGCAAUAUGCAUUGGUUAUGGUAUGAAGUGAUUGACCCCUUUUAGAAA